AUAUUGUCGAUUCGUAUGGCGGCGCGUCCUCGUGACAUAACAAUAACACACAUUUCUGUUCCGAUACGUUUCGUUCUUCUUCCUGCAAAGAACUUCAUUUCCUAUUCACGACCCGUACCCGAACUCACCGAACUUUCCAGUCCAAAAAUCUAACCAGUGAAAGCCAAUCGAUUGGACUACACCUGAACGUAUAAAACUGUAACUACGGAUGUCCUGUCAUUCAUUCUAUUCGUCCGUCUUCAAGCUAGUGCAUCAAGAAAAAUCAAACAAGACAAAGCCAUGAAGUCAUUUUCAGCGUUCUGUUUCGCGGUGUGCGCGUUGACCGUUAUCGGUUCGACGAGGUGCGAACCGGCAGCGGAGGACGACGGCGCUCCGACCGACAAAGCACCGCAGACCAACAGGAGGAGCUACGGCGAGUACCACGGGCUGUACGCUCCGGCUUACCACGCUCACUACGCGCCGGCCGGCUAUCACGGCCACUACGCACCCGCGUCCACGCACUACCACUCUUACGGUUACGCGUCCCCGACGCACUACCACGGUCACGGAUACGCGCCGGCACACUAUCACGGCCACUACUACAACCAUCACGAGACCACCGUGCACGGAUUCAAACACCAGCCGGUCGUCUACCAGUCGGUGGUGCACACGUACCCCACGGCCACCACGGUCGUCCACAAACCGGUGCCGGUGCCGGUCGCGCACCCCGUCCCGGUGCCAGUCGUCCGACCCGUGCCCGUCGAAGUGCCCCGGCCGUACCCCGUGCCCGUCAACCGCCCGUACCCGGUGGCCGUCAUCAAACCCGUCGCCGUGCCCGUGGCCCAACCGUACCCGGUGACGGUGUACAAACCGUACCCGGUGCCCGUGUACCGGCCGACGCCCGCCGCGGUGGUCCCGGUGGCCAGGCCCGCCGCCACCGCCGUGCACUACGCCGCCAGACUUCCGGUCCGCGUACCGCUGGUCAGGUAUCCUGCGGCUCCGUCGUACCUGCAUCACUCGCACGCUUACGCUCCGCACUAUCGCGGUGCGGUGGCUUACCCGGGACAGUCCGCGUACCAGGGACCGUCUUCGUACCAGGUGCCGACCGCGGCUUACCAGGGCUCGGCGUAUCCGGCAGACGCGCCGGUGUCUUAUCUCCAGCAACUGGCUGCUCUCAGGACGGCCGGCGGCAGCUACGAAGUGAACGAAGCGGCGGCGGCACAGCAGCAGCAGACUCUCCAGGACGAAUAUCCGUUCCUACAAGAGCAACGGGAAGUUGGCGUCACCGAUGUCCAUCACCACGACGACGACGCCGCCCAUCACCAUCACCUGCAUCACGGGGUGAUCGACCAGGACAGCGGUUUGGGUUCCGGCGCGGGUUACCCGCCGUUGACGGCCGAGACCAGUCUGGGAGUGCCGAGCACCGACUACUCGGGCAAGAAGAAAUGAAACUAUAGCGACGGACUACGUUCGAGAAGACUGCGGCGGAGUCGCGCAUAAUCAGCAGUCGACUCGAAACUCUCGGACUCGUAUUGAAAACGACAUUUCUUUCAAACCAUAGGGCUAGUCCAUCACUUGGACGUCGAGUUCCGAGAGACGAUGACUGUAUAUUAUAAUUUUUGUUGAUUUGUUGUAUUAUUAUUAUUAUUAUUAUUAUUAUUAAAUAUUGUAUACUGUAUUAUUUUAUAUGCCAUUGGGUCGUUUGACUCGACUGUAGUCUGUAUAUUAGGUAUACAUUAUUAGAUUGUGACUUUUUCUUUCUUUCUUUCUUUCUUUGUUAAAAUAAAUCUUGCAUGUAAUUUUUGUUAAAAUUGCUACUGCGUAUUUCAAUACCUAUUU